AUGAUGCUGGCCAAGCUGCUUGCUGCCGCACUCAGCUCAUGCUGCGUCGCAAUUCCGGUCACGUUCAAGGCUGAUUUUCGAGGGCGACAGGUGGCACCUGGAGGUCCGUAUCUUGUCGGAACCUUUCAGAGCUGGAACAUCCCAAAUGCCAUUGCUUUAACAGACGGCGACGUGGAUGGAAUUUACGCAGCUUUGCUGCGUUCUAAUGCCGGGUUCAAAUUUCUCAACGGCAGCGCGUGGGAACAUGCGGAAAUUUUGCCGCUGGCAUGUAGCACCGCAGACGGCUUCGCAUACUAUUAUGGGUACGGUGAUGAGAACGCUCACCGUCGCCUGAACAUUGCAGAGAAUGCGACCUCCGCUGCGAUGCACGCGUGUUUUAACGAAUGCGAGCCUUGUGAUGCCCUUGGUCUCUGCAAAACCUACGAUUGCCCCCCUUACUAUGCCUUGAAGAGCAGUGCGUGGGAGCUAACCGGUGCAUCAAGGGGCACAUGCUGCGACGCGGUGGGCAGCGGCAAAGGUUCGAUCGUCGUGCGCAGCGCGGGGUAUUCCGACGGCAACCAUGCAGAGUUCUGGCUGAGCCUCUGCUGCGCAGGUCGGAGGAAUUGGGAGCUCUUGUACUCAACGGGUGCCCGUGGCCUCACCGUCGUCGAACUGCGUCCCGGAUCCCUGGGCGGGUACAUCGUCAAGCAUACGGAGACCUUUGACACUUUCUUGGAUUCGUCCAAGUUGGAAGACUACCUGUCCUCCGUCGUGGCCGGCAACCUGAUCCUCAUAGCGGCCGUGGACGAGGCUUCCGCCUCGCUGAGCCAACAGGCAAAAGCAUUGAUGGCGACCUGCGGGGCCGUGUCCAUCCAGCAGAUGGCCUUCAGGAGCUCGUACGCGCUCAUCGGACAGAAAGGUGGGAGUGCCUUGUCCGAGGAUAUCUCGCGUGAAGGGAGUGGAAGUGUCGUCGCAGCUGCGACGGUUACGCUACCAGAGAAGCUGCCACCUUUAUGCAAGAUGUUCAACUGCUUCUGGGGAGCGCUUACGUAUGUGCUGAGAGCUGACGCCUUGGAGACGCCCGGUAAUUCUCUCGAAACUUGCUGCGAAACAGCUGGUGCUGGCGAGCAGUCUUUGGUGGUACGAAGCGCCGGAUAUUCAGACGGGAACAGAGCUGAAUUCUGGUUGAAUGGUCAGAAAAUCUAUGCUACCCGUACGCGGGGGCUCACGAUCGUGGACCUGUGGCCGAACAUGACGGUGAAGCACAAGGAGACCUUCGACACCUUUACGGACUCGUCGUCUAUGGUUGCAUACCUGAGCUCAACGGCCAAUGGCAACGUGAUACUGGUCGGAGCAGUGGAUGAAGCUUCUGCAGCCUUCAGCCAAGAGGCGGAAAACGCUCUUCGCGAGUGCGGUGCCACCUUUCCCCAGCCGCUGUCCUUUCGGAGUGCCUACGCUCUCAUCGGCAUCAAGGGCGGAAGCAAACUCUCAGAGGCGGCGCAAGUAGAAGGAGAUGGAUACGCAGUGGCGGUCGCUGAAGUGAAGAAGCCCGAGCCGGUGGUGACCAUGUGCAAGAUGUACAACUGCCCUUCUGGAUAUGCGCUUCGCGCCGAUGCCAUGGAGACCCUCGGUGCAUCUGUCGAAGCUUGCUGUGAAGCAGCCGCUGCUGGCGAGCAAGCUUUGGUGGUACGAAGCGCCGGAUAUUCGGACGGGAACAAGGCUGAGUUCUGGUUGAAUGGUCAACGGCUAUAUGAGACUCGUAAGCGCGGGCUUACAGUCGUAGACCUGUGGCCUAACAUGACAGUGAAGCACAUGGAGACCUUCGAUACCCAUGCGGAUUCUUUGCCCAUGGCUGCAUACCUGAACUCAACGGCCAAAGGCAACGUGAUACUGGUCGGAGCAGCAGACGAUGCUUCCGCAGGCAUGAGUUGGGAGGCAGCGAACCAACUUCGCGAUUGCGGUGCCACGUUUCCCCGCCCAAUUUGCUUCCGGUGUUCCUACGCUCUCAUUGGCAUCAAGGGUGGAAGCAAACUCGCGGAGGUGGGAACGGCACCAGGAAAGGGGAAAGCUGUGGCUGUCGGCGUGCUCGUGCCUGAGUUACUCAGGUUCCUGCCUGUGGAUGGAGGCGUGAACCGUGCCUGCCGGGGGCAGUCACCCGGGGACAACAGCGGCGACCACUACGUUGUGGUCAAUGGCAUCGAAACGCUCCAGGCCUGCAAGAUGGAGUGCAUCCGGGCAGAGGCAUGUGUUGGCAUCGAGCACAAGGGAAGCCGCUGUGAAGUCUGGACACGGCCAGGGGGUGUCCAGGCCUCCAUUUACCUGUACGGCUUUACGUGCCUGAGCUACACUCAACCUCUUGCAUCAACGGCGACGACAACGAUGGCCUCGACUGCAACGACCAGUACAAGGGCCACCACGACACGUUUCGCGGCUGUGGACGGUGGGAUCAAUCGAGCAUGCCGCGGGGCAUCAUCUUCCGACAAUGCUGCGUCCCACUACACCGUCAUCUCAGGCAUCCAGGAGCUUGGCGAUUGCCAAACUGAGUGCAUUCAGGUUGUUGGCUGUGUGGGCAUCGAGUUCAGCAAGGGCAGAUGUGAAGUUUGGAGCCGUCCGGAAGGAAUCCAGGCUUCGAUUGCAUUGAAUGGCUUCACCUGUCAACGUUUGGUCUCAGCAACCCGUCGGCUGGGCAUGGUGCUUCUGCCCUGA